GCGACGACCGAGGUGGUGCUGGCGCGCGAGAGCGAGUACCGCGUGGAGGUGCCGCCCCAGACGGAGGUGGGCGUGCGCCUGAAGAGCGGCUCGGCCGAGCUCUUCGGCGUGGAGCUGGCCAUAGGCCGCGAGUACGUCUUCCGCGACCGCAAGCUGGCCAUCUUCACGUGGUACGGCUGCGCGCUCGAGGUGCGCGGCGCGCCCGAGGUGGCCUACACGUCCGAGGAGACGCCCAUGGACAGCUACCUCAACAUCCACGCGCAGCUGCAGCGCCGCCGGGAGCUGGCCAAGGCCAAGCACGCCGCCGGCCCGCGCGUGCUCGUGUGCGGACCCGUGGACAGCGGCAAGUCGACGCUCACGCAGAUCCUCGUCAACUACGCGCUGCGCCUGGGCGAGAAGCCCACGCUCGUGGAGCUGGACGUGGGCCACGGCUGCCUCAGCGUGCCCGGCACGCUGUCGGCCUCGCCGCUGGACAUGAACUCGCUCAGCGUCGAGGAGGACUUCAUCCUGACCAACCCGCUGGCCUUCUUCUACGGCCACGCGGCCUCCUCCGAGAACGUCGAGCUCUUCCGCUACCAGCAGCAGCAGCUGGCCAAGGCCGUCAAACGGCGCCUGGCCAACGACGAGGAGGUGAACGCGUCCGGCUGCGUGGUCAACACGUGCGGCUGGGUGGACGGCAUGGGCUUCGACCUGUUGGUGCAGGCCAUCAAGGACUUCGACGUGGACGUGGUGCUCGUGAUCGGCCAGGACCGACUCUACAGCCGCCUGCAGAGCACGCUCGCGGGCGCCAACGCCAACGGAGUGGACCGGUCCAUCGUCAAGCUGGCGAGGUCGGGAGGCGUCGUCCCGCUCAACAGCAAGCUGCGCUCGGCUGCGCGCAUCAGCUGCAUCCGAGAGUACUUCUACGGCGCGCACUCGCUCAGCGUGGCGAUCCCCACGCUGUCGCCCUGCAUCAACGAGUUCUCAUUCGAGGACGUGUCCUUCUACGCCAUUAAAGACAUGAAGGUGUCCGAUGUGAUGCUUCCGGUAGGCCAGGUAGAGACGCAGACCGACCGCCUGCGGGUAGGCACUCGUUGGCUGCAGUGGCGCACCCAAGGCCCGGCCAGGACUCGUCCUCUUUGUCGUCAACAGACCUCUCGUGGCUUCUCGGUGCCCCCGCUGCAGGAUUCGUGUUCAUGU